AUGCAUGCCCUCACCAACUCCUGUGCCAUUCUACUCGCCGUCUUACUCCUCUUCCUCCUCAUCUUCUUCGCCGAACUCUCUUACAUCUUCUGUCGUCGUCCCACGCCGUCUCCGGCAAGUAAAGAGGUUCUACUCCAGUUCUUUAUGUGUUGCAAGAAGAACCAGUCUCGUAUUGAGCCAACGGGGAAUGUUUCUAUACAGAUUGAGGAGGAUAGUGGUGUUGCCGUGGAGACAGAGGAGGAGGAUGUUGCGGCGGUGGACAAGUGGCGAGUGUCUAGGCUUCUGUUUACAAUAGAAGAAGAUGAUUUGGAAAUGGAAGAUGAUGAUGAUGAAAGUGAACUAGUACGGAUUGAUAUUCCCGUGGAAUGUGGCAGGGAGCCUACUCCGUUCUUGACGCCGUGUGAUUCGCCUCCUUACUUCACUCCUUCGCCGUCUCCUUGUCGGGAUGUGGAUGAUGAUGUCAUUGAUGUUUGUUUAUGA